UCGGCUCGGGCAGUCCGCCGUCGACCAUUGCUGUCAGCUGGACUGGCCCCGUCAGAUGGUGUCGUGAAUCUCUCGUGAAAUCACAUCGAUCGCCGCGCGACGGAGCCAGAUUCAAGAUGAGCGGUGGUAUGCCAGAGCUGGGCUCGAAGAUCAGCUUGAUCUCGAAGGCGGAUAUUCGUUAUGAGGGCCGUCUCUUCACCGUCGACCCGCAGGAGUGCACGAUCGCCCUGGCUAACGUGCGCUCCUUUGGUACCGAAGAUCGAGAGACUCAACUUCCCGUGGCACCACAAAACCAGGUGUACGAGUACAUUCUGUUUCGUGGAUCGGAUAUCAAGGAUAUCAGAGUCGUCAACAAUGUUAGUUCUAUUCCCAACGAUCCAGCUAUCGUACAGAUGACAGUGCAGCCAUCUAUGGGCCAGCAAUCGUAUCAACCACAGCCCAGUUAUGCUCAUCCGAUGAUGGGCCAGAUGGGCCCGAUGGGUGGCCAAUACGGAGCCCCCUAUGGCAUGGGUAUGGGAGCCAUGGGCCCGGUAAUGGGAAUGCCAACCGCAGCUAGAGAUCCGCGCGGACCAAUGAAUAAACAGCCAAGUGAGUUGAGCUUGGGCUCUGCUGAACCCAAUGCCAUCUCUAUCCCAAACUCACUGCCAACGGCCAAUAUCGACCCAUUACCAAAAGAUCAAUCUCUGGAAGAUGGUGUACUAGAUCUUAUUAGUGGUGGGUCUCGAUCUACUACUCCUACAUCAUCCUUAUUGACAAGGAAAAGUCCAACCAUGGAUCAGGGUAUUCAGGUAGGACAUGAUCAACAGCAGCAGAGCAAUAACAUUGGCAAAAUGAAUGACAAGACAAAUAUCAGGACCGUCCAACCGCCUCGUCGAGACCAUGAUAGCCACGGAGGUACCAAAACCAACGCGGGUAUGUCUCAAUAUAAUGAUGCGAAGAGGGAUAUGAUGAAGCAUGAUGGCCAGAACCAAGGUCAUAUGCAAGGUGGUCGAGGCAACCGCGGUGGUUGGGUAAAUCGCGGCAACAUGAGAGGUCGAGGGGGCAGAGGACGUGGUGGUUUCCGUACAAAUCAAGCAAACAACGCUGGUGCCAAGCCCAAGACAUUGAAGUUUGAUAACGACUACGAUUUCGAACAAGCCAACACUGAGUUUGAAGAAUUAAGGUCGCAAUUGGCGAAAACGAAGAUCGAUGGUGCUGAAAAUGAGAAGAAAGACGAUAGUGGAAACGAGACAGGUGCUGGGGAAGGUGAACCUGAAGAGGAACCGGAAAUUGUUCACUACGAUAAGUCGAAAUCAUUCUUUGACAAUAUUAGCUGUGAAGCUGUUGAAAGGAGUAAAGGGCGAUUCCAACGCACGGAUUGGAGAACGGAACGAAAACUGAAUUCAGAAACGUUCGGUGUGGCUUCCACGAGACGCGGUGGAUUCCGCGGCCGUGGUUACUACAAUCGCGGAAUGGGAGGCAUGUACAGAGGCGGUGGUGGCGGCGGUAAUAACGCUGGAUUCCGCGGUGGCUAUCGAGGUAGCAGGGGCGGUAAUCGCAAACCCCCUAAUCAACUACAGAAUAACACGGGGAGUCAAAAUCGCGCGACCAACGAACAGUCUGCCUCUCAGUCGCAGAACGUUAUCUAAAUAAAAAAAAAAUAAAAAAAAAAAAAGUAAUUUGUGUCACCGGUAUGGCAUGAAAAAAAAGUAAAUAUGCCGAGGAGAAUAAGCGAUGCGCUAUGUAUAAGUAUACACAACCAUAGAUUAAGAUUUUUACGAUAUGUGCUCUACUGUUACGGACUGAUUUGGGUUAGAAUUUGGCAGUCAAAUAACAGAGGAUACACGGCCGGAUUAAAUGUAGAUUAUAUUAUAUAACGGAGCGCGUUUGCAAUCGCCAAACCGGUGGUUACGUGUUAGGUGACAAGAAUCGCACGUGUGGACGUUGCUGGCGCAUAUGACUUUGCAUCGAUAUUUUGCGGCUAGAUGAUCGAAGAAGGUACUUUUAGAGACAAAUUUUCUUACCGCUUAGUCGACAAUGAUCACGAUGAAUUGGCGUUGAAAGAAUAGAACGUUUUUGUCAGAGAAGCGAAGUCAAUGAUUAGAACGUUCCUUAUUCUUUUUUAUUUUGAUACUUAUUUGUGGAUUCAGAUGUCUAAAAUUGGGAGGGGAAACCCUUUGUAAGGGAUCUAGUCGUAAGUUUUAUUUGAAAUAUAUGUCUGUUAAUAAAAUUCUUAAUGGAAAAAUCUGAAGCCGCUUUAAACGAACCAACGGUGUAUCUGUUUAUAGUUAGGGGAAAAAAUUGUACAAUUCAAUCGUGAUCAUUCUUCAGUCCUGUUUUCUCAAGACUUGACUAUAAAUAAUUUUGGAAUGGCUUUAUGGUGAUGGUGACUUGAUAAUACUGGUCGUUAUGGAAUAGCUGGCUUGUAUCCGUAUAUCGGAAGUGAAUGGCAACAGACGUGCAUAAAAGUACUUUCUCGUCAAAGUAUGUAAAAAUCGAUUGUAUCUAAUUGCAUUUGUCGAGAAUAGGAAUAUUGUGAGGUAUAUAUAGUACAAGGCAAAUCUGAUGAAAAAUGGCAUUCUUUUUUUUUGUUUUUGGUUUUUUUGAGUGUACGCAGACAAAUUUUUUCGAGUCCUCGGCACGAAGUUCAUGUAAAAUGUAUGAUUUUAUAAGGCGGAUAAAAGUGGGAAAUAAUCGAAAGCCAAUUUAUAUAAAAAUGUUUGUAUUAUUAAAUUGUAAUCUUACGGUCCGCCUACUCUUUCUUUGCAAGAUCUGCAUCUAGAAUUAUGAAAGAUGUAAGCGUCAGUCUUAUUGUAAGUAACUAAGUUCUAAAUCAUGUUACAUAAUUGUCAUCGUGUUUUGCAAUUAAGGAUUCCUCGAUUGCUCUUAUAUGGAAUAGUGAUUGAUACAAUUAUAAGGCUACAUUAUAAUCAGUAAUUAAUUAUAUCGAACUUACAAUUUAUAUAAUGCUUAUUAAAAUGAAUUUUUUUUUCACAAACAUUUGUAAUUAUAUCUUAAAUCAGUAUCUUGUCAAUUUGUUUUUUUUUUCUGUUCUGUUAACUCCAAAACUAGUAUAAAUGUUUACACAUAAUUCAAAAGAACAUUCGUAUUUGAUAUACAUGUAUACAAUCAGAAAAUAUUUAAAUAAUAAUUUAUUAUUAAUGACAUAAUUUUCCAUUAGAACGUUAUGUAAAAUAACGAUUAUGCAUGUAUAUUCAAGUGAAAAUCAUUAAUCCAUUCUUUUUUCUUUCAUAAAUUUAUUCAAUCGCUUUAGGGUGCGUGUCCACCUGCGAGUAAGAACUCUCGAGAGCAAAAAGAGAGAAAGAGAAAAAGACUCUCGAGAGUAUCUCUCUCUCUCUCUCUUUCUUUUUGCUUUCGAGAGUUCUUACUCUCAGGUGGAGACGCACCAUUAGUCUUGGGACGAGAGCAGCACUUUACGUAUGUAUAUGUAAGUGUAAACGGGAGUGUACAUGGAUCACGUAAAAUCGAAAGCUUAUGACGAAGAUUUUCAAGGCGUUAAAAUGCAUAAAAAUAAUUUACUUGUAAUUCGAUUGUAAUUGACUAAUUACGCUCUCGAAGAAUCCUUUUGGAUGCACGACGACGCUGCGCGAAAUUAGAAUUAUGUUAAAUAUGCAAGUGCGAGUAAGGGUAAAAGCAUGAUAAUAUCCUUAAAGAUAUAAGACGUGGAAGAAACAAAAUAAGAACAUUAUUUGCGACUAUUAUUUUUCUAUGGCUCAUACGGAGUCCCCAACUCAUACAGAUAUUAUAUACACACACAUAAACACAUACGUACGCAACUUGAGAUUUACAUAACUGAUAAGCAAACCUCCAAUAGGCUAUCAGAGAAAAUGCAGAAAUGCAAAUGAAGUAAAAAGAAACAUAGGACUAUAAAACGAAGUAAGCGAGUAGAAAAAGAAAUGGUAUAUGGUGAGUAAAUUUAACUUUUAAGUUUUAUGCCUAGAGCAUGUGAGAAGAAUUCAUAAUGUACGCGAGAAUGGAUUUUUGUUUUGUACAGCGGAUAUAUAUUGUGAUUCCCGAUGCUGAAUAAUACUGAAAUGAUGAGAUAACA